AUGGUGCAGUACAAGAUCCUUGGCCCAGGCAUCCAGCCGGCCAGUCAGACGCCUGCGCAGACUGAGUUGCGCAUCCAUGGCACAGGGGAGGUGCUGGCAGUGCCAGUAGUCACCAGCACCAAAGUGGUUGAGCUGAAGGAGCUACUGGCCAUGAAGCUGGGUAUCUUAACGAAUGAGUUAGAGUUCCUGAACAGAGUGGGAGGCUAUUGGCGGAAGCAAAUGGAUCACGAAGAGGUGUCGCGGAAGGUCUGCGUCAAAGGGAUUAAGUCGUUCAAGCCACAGCGAGCCGAGUAUGAACACCCAUUCCUGAUCAUUGGUGCUGGCCAUAUCGGGCUCCGUCAUGGCCUUUACUUGCUUCAGCAUGAGCACCCUAACUUCGUGAUCGUGGAUCGCCGAGACAAGGUGGGAGGAACAUCCUGGAUCUCCCAGGCGAAUAAAACCUCUAAGCUGCAGACUGAGCUGGGAACCUACCACUUGCAGUAUGAUGAGAUGAAUCCUGUGCCGAAAGACAUGUCCACAUGGCCAACUCGCGAUGAACUUCUCGAGCAUUUCGCAAAGGUCUCUGCAGACUAUGGGCUGACGCCCUACAUUCAGCUCCAGACGAACGUGAAGGCCAUUUCGGUGAUCGGCACCAGCUCUGACAGCGGGCCACUGGGUGAAGUCAGCCUGGAAAUGACCCGAAACUACACAGGAGUCCUCCCUCCAGAGCCCACCGGAAAAGGCCUCAAGCAGAUGACGGUGAGCUGCGUGUUCAUGUACCCUGGAAACCUCUCCUUUCCCCGGCAGCACGAGUACAAGGGAGAGGAUGUUUUUGGCGGCAUGAUCGAGUACGCCAUGUUCGAUACAAUUGAUUACGAUGUAGCAGUUCGGGGUAAGUCCGUCAUGAUAGCCGGCCACGGAGCAUUUGGAGUGGAGAAUAUCCGUACUUGCUGUGAGUACUCAUCCGGGCAGAUCUACAUGGUCUGCAGGCGAAAGAACCUUGCCUGUCCUCGGGUCUGCUCAUGGUUUGUGAAUCAAUCAGAUCCCCCCGUCCCCGCUCCGCUCUUCAUUGAGAGCAUGGAGCCGGCUUAUAACAUGAUUGGCUUUGACCCAUGGACCUACCACUCAGUGAUUUCCAAUUCUGCGCGGACGAAUGCCCAUAUCGCGCAGAAGUCUCGAUUUGGCAUUGGAGAUGUGUAUUUCCUGGCCGUCAGCAUGGGCAAGUGCGAAGUUAUCGUGGAUGAUGUGAAGCGACUCUCAGAAGGGCGUGUCCACUUGGAGUCGGGUAGGGAGCUGUCAGUGCAGACAAUCCUGAAAGUCUUCGGCUUCGUAGGUGACAAUGAGGUGGACCGCCUGAUGAAGAUAAAAAGCAUGUACGGUUUCUGGCCGGACCGCGACAAUCGACGUUUCACUGCAAGUGAGUACCCAGGUGUCCAUGCAAGCAACUUUGGUGGCACAAGCUUGUCACCAGGUGCAAUUGUCUUCGCGCAGGACGCAACGCACAUGAUGUGGUUUCCCAAAGACUGGCGGAGAGUGGUAAACUCCGAGCAGCUGCCAGUGAACACGCGGGAUGAGUCAAUCUCCCGGCCGGCUUAUGUUAUAGAUGCCAAGACUUCUCUGCCUUUGGCCUUUAUUCUACCUGCGCUUUGUCCGGCUUUGGGCGAGAUGCAGGCGUCGCUUGGAAUAAUGAAGAAGCAGAAGCAGCUCGCAUGUCAUCCCCUGGAGCGCUUUUUGGAGGAAUGUGCGGCCGAAUGGGACGAGUAUGGCCGGAAGUGGAAAGCGGAAGACCCAUCUUUGAAGGAUCCUCCAAGCUAUCCAUAUACCCUUGCCAAGGUCAAAGAGCGAGAGGAAGAGCAACAGCGACGUGAAGAGCGACAGCGGGAUGAGGAAGCGGCAGCGGAGCGCAGAAGGAUACAGCCCCGAGCGCCUGAGAACAAGAUGGUGCACGCCCCGGUCGCUGCCGCCGCCGCGGAAUCCCAUGAUGCGUACAGCGACGACGACAUCGAUGAUGACUUCGAGGUCGUCGAUUUGGACACACUCGAUGUUGAAGACUUCGUCAUAGUCCGGGAAGACUUCAUCUCAGAUUCCGACGGGGGUGAGGAGCUGCUGAGAGGGUCUGGCACCAAGCAGAUUAAGGCGUCCGGCUUUCUCUUUGGGCAACAGAGAAUGGCAGAGCGAGUGAUUCGCAUGCACCGGUGGGACGGCCGUUCAUGGGCUUCCGAGAAAGAUGCCCAGUGCCAGGCAGAAACGACUGCUGGGGUUCCCAUUCAGCAGCUUUCUCGUCUUCGGCUGGCCACCUUCAACAUCCUCGCGGAUUGCUUUCCUUGGCCCGUUCUCUUGGCGAUCGACAGCGAGAAGCGCUUCGCCGCACUCGCAGAGGAGAUUGCACGAUUGGACGCAGAUGUGUUGCUUCUGAACGAGGUAACCAGCAACAGUCUGGGUGUCCUGCUUGCUUCGGAGUAUGUACGAAGAUGCUACUAUGUCUCUGAGUUGCCAAGCGGAGUCAACGGAACCUUUGCGGGGCCACAUGGCUGCGUCAUGUUCAGCAAGAUCCCCUUGCAGAGCUGCUACGCACUAAAGGUUGAGGCCAUGAAGAGACCGGCCAUAUUCGGGAGGCUUCUGAUUGCGGACCGACAGAUUGCAGUAUGCUCUUUGCAUACGGUGGCCUUCCAGAAUCCGCGAAACAAAGCUGUCAGAGCAGCACAGAUCUCACAAGUAGUGACAUUUGCGCAGCAGCAGGGCUUAAACGGCUUCUUCGUUGCUGGCGACCUGAACCUGCAUUACACCUGCGAAGACGGUGUUGUGCUAGCCAAUGGCUUACUGGAUGCCUGGGCUGAGACUCAUUUUUGCGAGUCAGGUGACAGGAACCCUGGUUUUACAUUUGACGCUGAGGUGAACUCGAUGAUCCCCCGCUACAUUCCUGGCGAGGUGCGAAAAAUGCGACUAGACCGCAUCUUUGCUUCCGAGGGAUGCUGCCUUGUGCCAUCCAAGCCUUGUGAGCUGUGGGCAACAAGCGCAGUAGAUGCGCCGCGGGACAUCUUUCUUAGCGAUCACUACGGUCUCGUUCAAGAUCUCCGCCUAGACCCUAAGGGCUGGCAAAGUGAUGCUGCUGUUCGCAGGCAGCUGGAAACGAAAGCCACAGCUCCUUUGGAGGAACAUCCUGUUUCCAAUCUAAGCUUUUGCAUGGCACUGGCAUCUCAUACCGUCUGGCUUGCCUUGAGGAUUCUUGGACUGCGGUGA